AUGGUUCAGCAUCUGCUGGUUGAGCAUCCGAGUCAUAUGAACGAGCGCCAGUUAUCAACCUACGCUGACAUGUGUGAGAGAGACAUGGAUGACAAACAAUCAGACGCAUGUCUCAUUUGCUCAGAGAAGAUGCCAUUGUCCAGGCUUUAUGAACAUCUUGCUACGCAUAUGGAAGAGAUUGCGCUGUUCGUUCUUCCCAUGGAUCCGGAUGACCACGAGGAUGAACAGAUCAAGGAACUCACGGAAGGCGAAGGUGAAUACGUCGAAGAGCCAAGGUUAGCUCUUUUGGAGAAGCAGUUAGAAGAGGACGCGGGUAAAACAUAUGUCAAGUUCACGGAUGCUAUAGGGAGAAAAUUUACCCUGCCGUGGGUUACAGCCAAUACCUGGACGGGUAUGGAGAACAUGAUCGUGUCAGCCUUUCUCGAUAUUGAGCGCAUCAGCCCGUAUGUUCUCAAUGGCUAUUAUCGCUUGCUAGAUUCGAAUGGUGGUAUUUUACUGCCGCAGGACUGGGAUUCGAUGGUUCAACCUGGAUGGGAAGUCACGAUGCAGCUGUGGCCUAUGACUGAAGCUACCGAGGAAGAUAUUGCGCGCAGUCUUGCCGCAGUCACAGAGCGGGCCAGGGGAGGAAGCGAGCCUCAGAAUCUCGUGCUCGAGGCAGAAGUCAAGGUUGCGGUAGGCAAUCGCGGAGAAUUGGAGGGCGAUGCAGCAGCAGACCCUCUGUCGGCCCAGCUUUUCGCUACCUCUGUUCCGGCUGUGCGACAACAAAUGCAAGUAGCGAUCGACGAUACUACUCAAGAGGACGAUGGAGAUAUCAAGUGCAUCUGCGGUAUGCACCACGAUGACGGCUUCGCGGUGCAAUGCGAGACUUGCAACAACUGGCAACACAUGGUAUGCUACUAUCCUAAUGAGGCAGAUUAUCCUCUUGAGCGCCACCAGAAGCACUACUGUUCUGACUGCGAACCACGAUGGCUCGACACGGACCAAGCCAGAGAGAGACAGAGGAAACAACUACAACAACUGGAUGGAGGAAACGAGGCAGCAGAACCUGAACGCCACCAAAAAGGAGAAGUGGCUGCUUCGAGAGCCCAUAUCGAACUCAGCUAUCAGGUGGACGAAGUCGCUGCCGCUGCCGCUGCCGUAAGCACCAGACGAAUUCACGAAGAAGAAGUCAAAAAGCAUCGGGAACAUGCAGCAGUAGAACGUCAAGGUAUAGUUGAUGAGCACGAACGCAAACUCGUCGCUGAUGCAAACGCGGCCGCAGAUGUCGAGGCAGAAUUGAAGUCAAGGCUAGAGUUGCAAGCGCACGAAGAGCGCGGUCAUGAACCCAAACCCUACGAUACAAAGGAACAGGAACUUGAUGUAGAGCAAGGUUUGGAUUCGUUCAGGGCCCAGAGUUUGGGCCUUUCGCCUGACCAAGGGUUAUCUCAAGCGCAGCAAGCGAUCCCAGACUUCGACAAAGCCCACGGCUUUACCUCAAAACCCAGCAAGUCAGAUCCAACACCCCAACAGGUGUUUGACACGCAUUCAACUGUUCCGCUUACAGCAGUUAAUCCUUUCUCUCAGUCAAGCGAUGGCGGCAGCCCUGAGGAGAUCGGCAUGGCCGGCACCCUCUCUCGAUCCGAGACCAACAUUGACUUGUCCAAUUUUGAAUCCACUAGUGCACUCUCCAGACGCUUUUCGACUUCAUCUAGGCCCCGGCGAAGCUACCUCACGGAUUUCGCAACCCCCGAAAGAGCUGCUAAUGGAGGCAAUGACCCCAAGCGAACUCAGAAACACCCUACCACUUUUCAGUGCACCAUGUGCACUAAGAGUUUCACUCGCGCAUAUAAUCUGCGCUCUCACCUUCGUACCCAUACCGAUGGCAGACCCUUUGUCUGUAACGUAUGCAAUAUAGGUUUCGCUCGUCAGCACGACCUCAACCAUCACAAGAGCUCGCAUUCCCAUGGAGAAGCCAUUGAGUUUGAGGUAAAAGAUGGCACAAAAGAGGACUUCUUUGACUUCUGCCUUAUUUGUGACAAGCAAACCAGCAAAGGUCUCUACUGCUCCGAGGCUUGCCGCUUGGCCGACUAUGAACAGGUUGGCUCGCUGACGCCUUCAUUAUAUGCUCUUUCCGAGACUCAUCACGAAGUGGACACAUCCAAGUCAUCCGGCUCCAUGCCAACGAUCCUAGGACUGUACCGCGAAAUGGAGGGGAUUCAAGAGUAG